AUGGUCCAGCUGGGGAAGCUGCUCCGCGUCCUGACUUUGAUGAAGUUCCCCUGCUGCGUGCUGGAGGUGCUCCUGUGCGUGCUGGCGGCGGCGGCGCGCGGCCAGGAGAUGUACGCCCCGCACUCGAUCCGGAUCGAGGGGGACGUCACCCUUGGGGGGCUGUUCCCAGUGCACGCCAAGGGUCCCAGCGGAGUGCCCUGCGGCGACAUCAAGAGGGAGAAUGGGAUCCACAGGCUGGAAGCUAUGCUUUAUGCCCUGGACCAGAUCAACAGCGAUCCCAACCUGCUGCCCAAUGUAACGUUAGGCGCGCGGAUCCUGGACACUUGUUCCAGGGACACUUAUGCGCUCGAACAGUCGCUCACUUUCGUCCAGGCGCUUAUCCAGAAGGACACCUCCGACGUGCGCUGCACCAACGGAGAGCCCCCGGUUUUCGUCAAGCCAGAGAAAGUAGUUGGAGUGAUUGGGGCUUCGGGGAGCUCCGUCUCCAUCAUGGUAGCCAACAUCUUGAGGCUUUUCCAGAUCCCUCAGAUUAGUUAUGCAUCAACAGCUCCUGAACUCAGUGAUGACCGGCGCUAUGACUUCUUCUCUCGAGUGGUCCCACCUGAUUCCUUCCAAGCCCAGGCCAUGGUAGACAUUGUAAAGGCCUUGGGCUGGAAUUAUGUAUCUACUCUUGCAUCUGAAGGAAGCUAUGGAGAGAAGGGUGUGGAGUCUUUCACACAGAUUUCCAAAGAAGCAGGUGGGCUCUGCAUUGCCCAGUCCGUGAGAAUUCCCCAAGAGCGCAAAGACAGGACCAUUGACUUUGAUAGAAUUAUCAAACAGCUCUUGGACACCCCCAACUCCAGGGCCGUCGUGAUUUUUGCCAACGAUGAGGAUAUAAAGCAGAUCCUCGCAGCAGCCAAAAGAGCUGACCAGGUAGGACAUUUCCUCUGGGUGGGGUCGGACAGCUGGGGUUCCAAAGUCAACCCACUGCAUCAGCAUGAAGACAUUGCAGAAGGAGCCAUCACCAUCCAGCCUAAGAGAGCGACCGUGGAAGGAUUUGAUGCUUAUUUCACAUCCCGGACACUUGAAAACAACAGGAGAAAUGUAUGGUUUGCCGAAUACUGGGAAGAAAACUUCAACUGCAAGUUGACAAUUAGUGGGUCCAAAAAAGAAGACACAGAUCGCAAAUGCACAGGACAGGAGCGAAUUGGAAAAGACUCUAAUUAUGAGCAGGAGGGUAAAGUACAGUUUGUGAUCGAUGCUGUCUAUGCCAUGGCGCACGCCCUUCAUCACAUGAAUAAGGACCUGUGUGCUGACUACCGGGGAGUGUGCCCAGAGAUGGAGCAAGCAGGGGGCAAGAAGCUGUUGAAGUAUAUCCGCAAUGUCAACUUCAAUGGUAGUGCUGGAACGCCAGUGAUGUUUAACAAAAAUGGGGAUGCUCCAGGCCGUUAUGACAUCUUCCAAUACCAGACAACAAACACCACCAAUCCUGGUUAUCGUCUCAUUGGGCAGUGGACAGAUGAACUGCAGCUCAAUAUAGAGGACAUGCAGUGGGGCAAAGGAGUCCGGGAGAUCCCAUCCUCUGUGUGCACAUUGCCAUGUAAGCCUGGGCAGAGGAAGAAGACACAGAAGGGAACGCCUUGCUGCUGGACCUGUGAGCCCUGUGAUGGAUACCAGUAUCAAUUUGAUGAGAUGACAUGUCAGCAUUGUCCCUAUGACCAGAGGCCCAAUGAGAACCGAACUGGCUGUCAGAACAUCCCAAUCAUCAAACUGGAGUGGCACUCCCCCUGGGCUGUCAUCCCUGUCUUCCUGGCAAUGUUGGGAAUCAUUGCCACCAUCUUUGUCAUGGCAACUUUCAUCCGCUACAAUGACACACCCAUUGUCAGGGCAUCUGGGCGGGAACUCAGCUAUGUUUUAUUGACAGGCAUCUUUCUCUGCUAUAUCAUCACCUUCCUAAUGAUUGCCAAACCAGAUGUGGCAGUAUGUUCUUUCCGACGUGUCUUCUUGGGCUUGGGCAUGUGUAUUAGUUAUGCAGCCCUUUUAACAAAAACCAAUCGGAUUUAUCGCAUAUUCGAGCAGGGCAAGAAAUCCGUGACAGCUCCCAGACUCAUAAGCCCAACAUCACAACUGGCAAUUACUUCCAGUUUAAUAUCGGUGCAACUUCUAGGUGUCUUCAUUUGGUUUGGGGUUGACCCACCCAACAUCAUCAUAGACUACGAUGAGCAUAAGACAAUGAACCCAGAACAAGCCAGGGGAGUUCUCAAAUGUGACAUCACAGACCUUCAAAUCAUUUGUUCUCUGGGAUAUAGCAUUCUUCUCAUGGUCACAUGUACUGUGUAUGCCAUCAAGACUCGGGGUGUACCAGAGAAUUUUAACGAGGCCAAGCCCAUUGGAUUCACUAUGUACACUACUUGCAUCGUGUGGCUUGCCUUCAUCCCAAUAUUUUUUGGCACAGCGCAAUCAGCAGAAAAGCUCUACAUACAAACUACCACGCUUACAAUCUCCAUGAACCUAAGUGCAUCAGUGGCGCUGGGAAUGCUAUACAUGCCGAAAGUGUACAUCAUCAUUUUCCACCCUGAACUCAAUGUCCAGAAACGGAAGCGAAGCUUCAAGGCCGUAGUCACAGCAGCCACCAUGUCAUCAAGGCUGUCACACAAACCCAGUGACAGGCCCAACGGUGAGGCAAAGACAGAACUCUGUGAAAAUGUAGACCCAAACAACUGUAUACCACCAGUAAGAAAGAGUGUACAAAAGUCCGUAACUUGGUACACUAUCCCACCAACAGUAUAG